UUCAACGUAGAAAACGAAAAAGAAAAUUCAAAACCCUUUCAAAAUAUUUAAAUAUCAAGUCAUAUCCAAAACGACGAAGAUUCGAAUUUUUUCUUUUAUUACACCUUCGGGAAGAUUUUCUCGAGAAAAUCGGAUUUUUCUAAUCCAAAAUCACUCGCAAAAAGUGUAAUUGAUGAUGAAAUUGUCAAAAUUCAGUGCUUUGUUUAUUGUAGUCGCUUUAGUUUUGAUUCAAUCUGGAGCUUCGCUUCGAUCACAGAGAACUCAGCAAGCUUACGUGACACUGUUGUACGGCGAUGAAUUCCUGUUGGGUGUUAGGGUUUUGGGGAAAUCGAUCCGGGACACUGGAUCGACGAAGGACAUGGUAGUUUUGGUCUCUGAUGGUGUCUCUGAUUACGCUGUGAAGCUUCUUGAGGCUGAUGGGUGGAUAGUGGAAAAGAUUAGCUUAUUAGCGAAUCCCAAUCGAGUGCGGCCAAAGAGGUUUUGGGGCGUGUAUACCAAGCUCAAAAUCUUUAAUAUGACUAACUACAAGAAAGUUGUAUAUCUUGAUGCGGAUACUAUUGUGGUUAAAAGUAUUGAGGAUCUCUUUAAAUGUGGAAAAUUUUGCGCUAACUUGAAGCAUUCAGAGAGAUUGAAUUCAGGAGUCAUGGUAGUGGAACCGUCUCAGUUAGUUUUCGAUGACAUGAUGAGCAAAGUGAACACUUUGCAUUCUUACACUGGAGGAGAUCAGGGGUUUCUGAACUCGUAUUACUCUGACUUCCCCAAUGCUCACGUUUUCCAACCUAACAUACCCCAAGAAGUGCUGAAUUCUAGACCUGUACCUGAUGUGGAGCGUCUCUCUACUCUAUAUAAUGCAGAUGUUGGUCUCUACAUGCUUGCUAACAAGUGGAUGGUAAAUGAGACUGAACUCCAUGUUAUUCACUAUACACUUGGCCCACUUAAACCUUGGGACUGGUGGACAUCUUGGCUUUUAAAACCUGUUGAUGUAUGGCAGAAUGCUAGGGAAAGGCUAGAGGAUUCCCUUCCUGGAACUGGAGGUGGCAGAAAUCCUAAUGAUUCAUUGCUUGUCAAAUUUCUUUUCUUUUUACCAUUAUGUGCUGUGCUCUUCCUUUACUAUCGAUCAUUCCUUCAGACACAGGCAUUUUGUAGAAAUUCAUUAUGCGAUCAUAUCAGACACCUCUACUACAAAAUUAGAUCUAAUGCAUAUGUAGGCGUUUCUUCAUCAUCUACCUUCAAUUCAGCCAAUCAAUUCUCUACUGAUGCACAUUCAAAGGUGCCAGCCUAUUUGGGCGGACUUUCCAUCUUUGCAUGUUUUAUGGCUGCAUUGGUAUCUCUUGCAUUUAGCCUUGCUAUUGUGCCUCGGCAAGUGAUGCCAUGGACUGGUUUGCUCUUAAUGUAUGAAUGGACAUUCACAACCUUCUUCCUUUUAUUCGGAGGUUUUCUCCAUUUGACCUAUAUAUGGGGAAAGAUGACAGCGAAUCAAGCAUACCUUUCCUCUCAUCCUGAAUCUUUUGAUUAUGAAACUGGAAAAGGUCAUCAAUGGCAAGGGUCAUCCUGUGAUGUUGCUACAUGGUAUUAUGGGCUAGGAAUGGCCUUUUUGGCUAUUGCUGUUCCAGCUUUACCAUGUAUUUUUGGCAUUACUGCUCUGUUUGCAAGGUUAGGCUUGGUGGUUGCUGGUGGCAUUGUUCUGGCAUCUUUCAUGACAUAUGCUUCUGAGCAUCUUGCAAUAAAAUCAUUUUUACGAGGUAUUGAAGAUCGGGAGGCAACACGGUCAAGGAGUCUCUGUUUUUCAUGUUGACAGGCAUCUUAAGAUAAUGAAUGUAGGUGAAUUGUAAUUUAUUCAACAUUUAAUUAAUUGAGAUUGAUUUGUAAGUGUCAGAUUAGAGAAAUAUUUGCCUUUUUUCAAAAAGGGUUUUGUUGUAAUAUUCUUUGGGGAACAUUAUGGAUCAUAGUUUUUUUAUAAAAUGCUUCAUUCAAUUUUCAAGCUUCCAAAA